UUCAAAUUCACAACCACCAAGACAAAGAUGGAGCCAAAAUUGGAAUAUAUAAAUGGCACUCCUUCACUCCAUCACCAACAGUUUUCUUUUCAGACAGUUAAGCAUUGUUCGUUGCUUCAAAGACCCAUCUUUCUUGUCAGAUAAUUUCUUUUACACCUUCCAAAACAUCUGCUCACCAAAUGUUCGAUGAAAUGCCGCUAACAACUUUCUCAAACAUUCACAACCCGAUUGCGCCUGUCAGUUACACCCUUCGUAUAAUGAGACCCAAUUUGAAGACUAGUACAGCAGUUCUGUUAAGGAUAGUGAAAAAAGACGGGUUUUUGGGGCUUAAAGUUUUGAAGAAAAUGAGAAUUGUUAGUGGGAUGUUGUGUAAAGGGGGGUUAGAACCGUUAGAGGGUGAUUCAGAGUUGGGUUUGGAGGGGGAGAUAUUGGAGUUUAUGAAGAGUUCGAGAAACCCGAAUGAUUUUCCGACGGAAAAAGAGUUGUUGGAUGCAGGGAGAAGUGAUUUAGUGGAUGCCAUUAUCAAGAAAGGCGGUUGGAUGUCAUUGGGUUGGAAUGAUUCUGAUGAUGAUAUUAGGGAUGUGAAUGCAAGAUUUGACCCUUCUUUGACUUCGUGUAGUUCGUCUCAUCAAUGCGCUUCAUCUUCCGGUAGAUCAGUGGAAACGGUCUUUCAUGAGGAUGCAUGGCUUGAAGAUGGACAUUGUAUAUAUGAUUCGAGCAAAGUCAAUGACGGUCAAAGAGUUUACGGGUCAGUUGAUGUGGAUUUAACAGCUACUGGGACCAAUUAUGUUGAAAAGUCAAAUAUGCCUGACGGAACAGAUUCAAACGACGUAAAAUCCCAACUUCAGCAAAUGAAACUCGAGCUCACUUCGUCUCUUCGCUUGUUGAGGUUCAUGAAAGAUAAGAAAACAAACAACUUACCAUAUGUAAAUCUUACAAAACAUGAUUCUAGUGAGCUGCAAAGGCUUCAUGUAAAUGAGGAUUUAAAUGUCAACGAUAGGUUGAAAUCAGUAUGUGCAAAGCUAACGGUAUUAGAGGGAAAACUGGCAUCAUCAAUUAUUGAUGCACAAAAACUAGUAAAGAAGAAACAAAUGAGAACUGACGGCGGAUGUAGAAAUUUGCAACUUCAUAAUGUUUGCAUAAUCUGGCAUGAUUCGGCAUCGGAAGUUCUUUUAGUCGGAUCUGUUGAUGGUUGGACCACUCAGAGAAGGAUGAAAAAGUCAGAAGUAGGUGUUUUCUAUCUGUCUUUUAAGUUGUAUCCAGGAAGAUACGAGUAUAAAUUCAUCGUUGAUGGUGUCUGGAGAGUUGAUCCUUUACGCCCUAUCGUCAACAAGAAUGGGUAUGAGAAUAAUGUUCUUACUGUCCCUGAAUGAACAUAAACUGAUCAUGAGAGUUUUGUAUCUCCAUUAGUUUGUAAACAUUAGUGCUACACCAAUUUUAAUACACAAACAAACAAGGUAUAUCUCAUUUUUCGCA